CGCGCGCCGCCCAGCGGGCCCGCGCGCCCGCGCCGGGGCUGCCCGAGCCAGCGCGCCUUGGCCCUGGCCCUGGCGCUGCUGCCCCCUCGCCGCGCGGCCGAGGAGGGUUCCAUCCCGGCCCCGCCGUCUUUCCAGUUCAGCGACGACAGCGACGAGUCGUCGCAGGGUGCGCCGCUGCCAGGCGGGGAGCUCGCGGACCUACCCGCGGACGUCGCCAGCGGCAAGUCGGAGGGGAAGGUGCUGUCGGUGCCAUGGCGCCCCGGGCCCGAAGAGUACGUCGUGCAGGGCGGGCCGGACGGCACCAGCACGCUGUCGCUCUACCCCGCAGAGGGCCCGGUGAACGUCAGCAUCGGUGGACAGCUGGCCGACUCCCUGCGGCGGCAGGCCGGGGGCAGUUCUGGCGACGCCUGGACCGUCGUCGAGCUGUAUGACCACGCUUGCCCAACUUGCUGGUACGCCGUGCCCGCGGUCACCAGCGUAGCGAGUGCAUUCCAGGGCGCCCCGAGCCUGAGAGUGGCGUCUGUGAAUUGCCAUGCCCAGGUCAACGCGGAGACGUGUCUAUCUGAUGCUCCUCGCCGAGAUCGAAGACUACCCGACGCUCCUUCUCUGCCGCGUGCCCGAGGCCGCGGGCGAGAGGGCCCCGAAGCUCCCGUCCGCCGCUCGGGAUCUCAAGAAGCACCUUGACGGGGAGACGCUCGCGGCCUUCGAGAGCCUUUCGCAGUGCCUCGAUGGCAAGUACGAGUCCGACGUCCAGGCGAGCGGCGCCGGGCGGGCGUACCUGUCGGCAAAAGACUUGGCCGUUUGGGUGUCCGCGAAGACAGGGCUCGAGCCUACAGACGCGAGCGUGCUAGAUUCUGGAGCAGACCUCGCAAGAAAAGGGCGUCCAGUCGUGAGCGGCCCGCCGUUCGCGCCUGGCUGGCAGAUCGACAGCCAAGAAGGGGAGCCCGGGACGCCGCGGUUCUCGCCGCAGCAGCGCUGGUACGACGCAAUCACGGGCUUUGCGGAGGCCGUGUAUUUCAGCGCCCACAGGCCUGGCAAGCUGGAGAAAGCGGUGGCGAUGGCGAGGUUCUUGAGCAGUGCCCUCCCGACACAAAGUCUUGUGAUUGAGGAGCCCGACCCGGUCGCUUUGGCUGCAGCCGGGCUAGGGAAGUUGGCGGACGCGCUGGAGCAGGUCGACACUUCGAAGGGCAGGCACGUGGUGCAGAAGCAGAUCCACUCCGCUGUGUCGGCCUGGACCGACGAGCACGGGAUUGGCGACCCUCGGGACGCCUUCGACGAGAAAACGGGCCAUGAGAUUGCAAGGUUCCACACCGCCAGCCUGGCCACAAGCGCCGCAUGGGCCCUGUUCCACGUGACUGCCACGGCGGUGGCCGCGAGGGCCAUGUCCGGCGAGACGCUGUUGAUGGAAGAUCCCGGGGGAUCGGGCAGCGACGGCGACGUGGCGGGCGCAGUCGAGGGCGUCGUCGGUUUUGUUCGAGACUUCGUGGAUGGCUUCCUCAGCUGCCGCCACUGCAAGGCCGAGUUCCUCAGGAGGCUCGACGCCUGUGCCUACGGAGUCUGCGAUAUCUCGGACGUCCGCCAGCUUCCGCUCUGGCUGUGGCGGGCGCACAACGCCGUCUCGCUCGAGCAGGCGGCUCGGGACGAGGCCGAGGUGGACCGCCGAUGGCCCGGCUACCAGGACUGCCCCGCCUGCUGGCGCGAGGAGGUGGUCCUGGGCGGCCUCCGGACGAGUCGGAGGCUGGAGGAAGACCCGCCGCUGCUCACCGUCGAGGAGCUGGACAGCUCCUUCGACACCGGCCACGUCUUCUGGCACAUGGUCGCCACGUACGUGGGCGUGAGGCGGGUGAACUUCGAGCUGGAGGACCUCCCGCCGGAGGAGCAGGAGAGGGUGCAGGGCCUGCUCGACGGGGACAAGGCGAGCCCCCGAGCGCCGAGCGCCGCGCCGAGCCCGCGGCCGACCCCCGCCGCGGGCGAGCCCGCGGCGGCGGCCGAGGGCGCACCGGUCGAGGGCUGCAAAGACAGCCCCGGGUUCACCGACGAGCUCGCCGCGGACGCCGGGCUCCGAGAGGGCUCCGACUGGACGGGCUCCUGCGAGGACUGGGCCCCGUUCGACUGCUCCAGGGCGGCGGAGGACUGGGGCUUCACGCCCGAGGGCGAGGAGGAGCUCCUGCGGCAGUGCCCGAGGUCGUGCGGGUUGUGCAGGCAAGAGGCUGCGCACUCGAGGGUCCCGCUGGUGGGGGCCACCGCGCUGUCCGUCGUCGUCACGGCCGUCUUCUGCUACCUGGUUCGGUCCGCGCAGAGGUGCAGUCCGGGGCAGGUGGGCCAGUCUCGGACUCCCAUCAUACUGUCCUCGCCGCAGGGCGCCACCCCGACGGCUGCAGAUGACGAUGAGGAGGAUCCUGCGCAGGAGUGACGCGAUCUGCGUUGCCAUCCGGUCUGAGGCCCGCGGGUGGUGAUGGGCUCUCUGGGCCAGCUCAAGGAGCCCCCAGAGUGCUCCGCAGCGUCUCGGACGAGGAAGCGCGGAUUUGCUCGCGCCCUGGAACAAA